UUAACCCUAGUUCUUCUUUCACCAUUUCGCCAGGACGCCCGUGAUAAUAUGGAAGAUAUUAUCACUUCCAGAGCUGCCAGUCUCGGCGUUGAUCUAACCAAACUUGAUUUGGACAAUAUACUCUUACCUCCAAAUGAAGAUUUUGGCAUCAUAAGUGACGAUGAUGAUAUCAAUAAUCAAGACGCUUUGGAAUUUGAUGAAGAGCUUAAUAAUAUAAUUGUCGUCGACAACCUGCCUAUUGUUCCAAGGGAGAAAUUCGAGAAGCUAGAGGGUGUCAUUCGUAAAAUCUACGGUCAGAUUGGAGUUAUUAAGGAUGAUGGACUUUGUAUGCCGAUUGAUUCAACUACACAGAAAACACUUGGAUUCUGUUUCAUUGAGUAUAACCUUCCUCAGGAAGCUGAAGUUGCCAUGGAGAAGACAAAUAACUAUAAGUUGGAUAGGUCACAUAUUUUUGCUGUCAAUAAGUUUGAUGACAUUGAAAAGUUUAUGAAGGUUCCAGAUGAGUGGGCUCCUUCUGAACCCAAGCCAUAUGAACCAGGGGAAAAUUUACAAGAGUGGCUUGCUGAUGAGAAGGCAAGAGAUCAAUUUGUUAUUCGAGCUGGCACAGACACUGAAGUUCUCUGGAAUGAUGCUAGGCAUUUGAAGCCCGAACCUGUUUACAAACGAUCGUUUUGGACUGAACGUUUCGUUCAGUGGUCUCCACUUGGAACAUACCUAGCAACAGUCCAUAGACAAGGUGCUGCUGUUUGGGGUGGUGCAAGCGCCUUCAAUCGCCUAAUGCGUUAUGCUCAUCCACAGGUUACACUAAUUGACUUCUCCCCUGGUGAACGUUUUUUGGUGACUUACAGUAGCCAAGAGCCUAGCAAUCCUCAUGACACUCAUCGGGUAACUAUAAACAUUUUUGAUGUGAGGACUGGAAAAAUUAGGAGAGCUUUCAAGGGUAGUGCUGACGAAUUUGCUAACGGUGGGACUGGGGGUGUUACUGGAGUUUCAUGGCCUGUUUUCAGAUGGGCUGGUGGAAAAGAUGACAAGUAUUUUGCUAGAAUUGGUAAAAAUGUUAUCUCAGUUUAUGAAACUGAGACCUUUUCCGUUAUUGACAAGAAGUCAAUAAAAGUGGACAAUGUGGUUGACUUUUGUUGGUCACCAACCGAUCCGAUUCUUGCACUCUUCGUUCCAGAACUUGGCGGUGGAAACCAACCUGCAAGAGUGAGUCUCAUUCAAAUUCCUGGAAAAGAAGAGUUGAGGCAGAAAAAUCUCUUUAGUGUUAGCGAUUGCAAAAUGUAUUGGCAAAACAACGGUGAAUACCUUGCUGUGAAGGUGGAUCGAUAUACAAAAACCAAGAAGAGCACUUACACUGGCUUUGAGCUGUUCAGGAUCAAAGAACGGGACAUACCCAUUGAAGUUUUGGAACUUGAGAAUAAGAAUGACAAGAUUAUUGCAUUUGCUUGGGAACCAAAUGGCCAUAGAUUUGCAGUUAUCCAUGGUGACGGCCCAAGGCCUGAUGUGAGUUUCUACUCAAUGCGCACAACCCAUAAUACAGGUCGGGUUUCAAAACUGACGACAUUGAAGGGAAAGCAAGCUAAUGCUUUGUACUGGUCACCAGCUGGACGAUUUAUCAUACUUGCUGGUCUUAAGGGUUUAAAUGGACAGUUGGAGUUCUUCAAUGUUGACGAUCUUGAAACCAUGGCAACCACUGAACACUUCAUGGCAACCGAUAUCGAUUGGGAUCCUACCGGAAGAUAUGUAGCCACUACAGUGACAUCAGUUCAUGAGAUGGAAAAUGGUUUCAACAUCUGGUCUUUUAAUGGAAAACUUCUUUAUCGAACACUAAAGGAUCAUUUCUUCCAAUUCCUGUGGAGGCCUAGGCCUCCAACUUUGUUGAGUGCGGAGAAAGAAGAAGAGAUUGCAAAGAACCUGAAGAAGUAUAGCAAGAAAUACGAAGCUGAAGACCAAGAUGUGUCUACGCUAUUGAGCGAACAGGAUAGGGAGAAGAGAAAGAUGCUGAAGGAUGGAUGGGAAAGAUGGGUUAAUGAGUGGAAGAGAAUGCAUGAAGAAGAGAGGUUAGAGAGGCUAGGGUUACGCGAUGGAGAAGCUAGUGACGAAGAAGAAGAGUACGAGGCUAAGGAAGUUGAAGUCGAAGAACUAUUGAAUGUUAAGGAAGAGGUUAUUCCUGAGUAGUAAGCCAGAAAUUGAUUUCUGAAUCUUGAGUUUUUUGUUUAUUCAAUUUUGGUUUGGAUCUAACUUAAGUAGUUUUUAGCAUUGGUUUAUUUUUGGAUCUAAUGUUUUCUCUGUAUGGUGAGGUGAAGAAGAAUGAAAUAGUGGACAUUUUUAACCCUUUGAUGAUAUCUUUACAUUAUUUGAUAAAUUUUAAUCAUUUGAUACAGUUUCUGAA